UAAGCAGAAGAAGAUGGAUGGAUAAUUGUUUCCAUAUUUUGAUUAAAGAAAUGUCGUCAAAUGCCCUUCCCACUUAUACCACAGUUUAGAGGUGACACUGAUUAACAACUAUUACCACGAAGAUUUCAGACAAAGCAGUGCAUGCAGACAAAGGUGUACCUAAUGAUAUGGCGAGUUAGAGUAUUAGAGUAUUGUUUUCUCACCAGUUUAUGUUCUCUGUUAACAGAAGCAGCGUCACUUAAUAUCGUCGUCAUAGUUUUGGCGGUGACUGUGGUGGUUGUGGCUUUCAUUGCCUUCAUCUUCUACAGACAGAACAGGAGAGAUCGGCUGCGGAGGAAACGCUUCUCCGACUCGCACAUCCCCUCUGAACUUGUCACCCUGUUGGAGGACAACUCAUUGAACCAAGUUGUCCUGGAGAUUGAAAAAGAGAGGAAAAACAAAGUUUUUAAGAUCCGCCGUGCGCUCUACGACAAGAAGAUUGUCAUUCUGAAGGAGCUCAACCACUCAGAUGGAAACUUCAAUGAGACCCAGAAAAUGGAGCUUAAUGCUCUCUUGCAAGUCGACUAUAACAACCUCACCAAGUUUUACGGCACAGUGAAGUUGGAUGAGGGCGUGUUUGGGGUUUUUGAGUACGGUGAGCGGGGAUCACUUAGGUACGUGCUGAAUGACAAGGUCUCUUAUCCGGAGGAGACGUUCAUGGACUGGGAGUUUAAGAUCUCUGUCAUGUAUGACAUCGCCAAGGGCAUGUCCUACCUGCAUGCCAGUGACAUCCAGGUGCAUGGACGCCUUAAGUCCACCAACUGUGUGGUGGACAACCGCAUGGUUGUGAAGAUCACAGACUUUGGUUGCAACUCCUUUCUCAAGCCUGGCAGAGACUUGUGGACAGCUCCAGAGCACCUCAGGAAGCAGGGUACUUCCCAAAAAGGAGACGUGUACAGCUUCGCCAUUAUUUCUCAGGAGAUAGUUCUAAGAAAAAGUACCUUCUACACCAAAUGCUGUUCUGACCGAGCAGAAAAACUGUCCAAGGUCAUCAUGUCCUACUUCAGGCCAGAUCUAGACUUUGACACAGCUUCAGAGAAAGAACACGAAGUGUAUAUGCUGAUAAAAAGUUGUUGGGAAGAGGAUGCUGAGAAAAGACCUGACUUUAAGAAGGUAGAAAACUGUUUGGGCAAAGCCAUCAGUAAAAUUCACAACAAGGAUAACGAGAGCUACAUGGACAACUUGAUUCGCCGGCUGCAGAUGUAUUCCAGAAACCUGGAGCACCUGGUGGAGGAGAGAACGGUGCUCUACAAAGCCGAGCGGGAUCGAGCAGACUGCCUCAACUUCAUGUUACUUCCUGGCCCCGUGGUGAAAAGCCUGAAGGAGACGGGCGCAGUGGAGCCUGAGCUGUACGACGAGGUGACCGUUUAUUUCAGCGACAUCGUAGGCUUUACCACGCUGUGCCAGUACAGCACACCCAUGGAGGUCGUCGACAUGCUCAAUGACAUCUACAAGGGCUUCGACAGCAUCCUCGACCACCACGACGUCUACAAGGUGGAGACCAUAGGCGAUUCCUACAUGGUGGCCUCCGGUCUCCCAAGGCGGAAUGGCAACAGACACGCGGUGGAUAUCUGCCGCAUGGCCUUGGACAUUCUGGCCUUCAUGGGCACCUUCCAGCUCCGACACCUGCCUGGCAUCCCUGUGUGGAUCCGCAUCGGUGUGCACUCAGGUCUGUGCGCGGCAGGCGUGGUGGGGAUAAAGAUGCCCAGAUAUUGUUUAUUUGGAGACACCAUCAACACGGCGUCCCGCAUGGAGUCCACCGGACACCCCCUGCGGAUACACGUCAGUCAGCCCACCAUUGAUAUUCUGACCAGGACGGACUGCAAGUUCGAGUACGAGAUGAGAGGGGAAACAUAUCUGAAGGGUAAAGGAACAGAGACCACCUAUUGGUUGACAGGUGAGACAGGAAAAGACUAUGAUCUACCAACUCCACCUACAACAGAGAACUUCCAACGGCUCCAGCAGGACCUGGCCCACAUGAUCCUGGCUUGUCUGGAGUGCCGUUCCCAAGGCUCCGUGCGCAGAAGACGGACACUUUUAAGUGAAAGCCAGGACGACCGCACAGAUCGAGAACCUGAGGUGGACCCUCCGGAAUAUUUGCAUCUGGGCACUGUGGAUAACACCCUCAGCACGUUCUUGUGAGAUGAUAUCAGUAAAAAAUCAUAACAUCACCAAUAAGACUUUAAAUUGAUCACUUAGUGCUAAGUUUGUCAUCCAUAAGAUGAACAAAGCAUUUGGUAAUGUUGGCCUAAAAAGACGCAAUACAUGACAGAGUUACACAGUGGCACCUCAACUUUAGAGUGUUUUCAGAUAAAAGUUGUCUUGUGCUUUAAUGUGCAAGAAAAAACAUUUAAGUUCCAAACGUCCUCGGUCCAUGCAUAUUGUCACAGUGAACCCUGUAAAAUCCAACCAAAACAUCUGGUCCUACCCUCUAGCAUUAGCUUUUAGCUAAAGAUCGACAUAACUUUGUUUUUCCAAGGAUGGGGAAAAAAGAAAAUAGAUGUGAAGGACAGAAAUGGAUGAUAUUCAUUGAAUUAAAAAAAGAAAUAAUCCAAAACAUGACUUGGCGAGGGAAUUUGAGCGUAACACUGAAGAUGUGUCUUAACGUCAGCCAAGAAAAUUAAAAUAUCAAAGCGGCAAACAUUUAUCCAUAAAAAUAUGGAUAACCUGCUGGUGGUGUUGGACAGAGAAACAGCUGGACGGAGAUAGAUUAGAAGUAAAAGCUGCAUAUUAUUAACUACACCGGUGUUAGUACAAUCUUUUUAAAAUGCAUUUUACCUGUUAAAAUUGUGCUGUUUGGGGCGAUAAACACAGAUUGAAUUUAUUUCACUGGUAACGUUGAUUUGAGAUACAAGUGUUUUGAGUUAAGAACUUCGUCACAGAACCAAUUUAGCUCGUAAGUUGAGGUACUAGUGUACUUGUUGUGGUUAGAGUGUCCGCCGUAAGGUUGUGAGUUCAAACCAAAGACUAUAAAAAUGGGACCCAUUACCACCCUGCUUGGCACUCAGCGUCAAGGGUUGGAAUUGGGGGUUAAAUCACCCAAAAUUAUUCCCAGUCGUGGCCACCGCUGCUGCCCACUACUCCCCUCACCUCCCAGGGUGUGAACAAGGGGAUGGUUCAAAUGCAGAAGACACAUUUCACUGUGUGUGUGCCUAUCAUUGGUACUUUAACUUUAAGUUGAAGCACAAACAGAGGAAUGAAGAUCAUUUGGAGGGCAUCACACAAGGUUAUCAUUUAAAUUGGGCAUAUAACACAAGGGAUUUAUAACCACUUUUGUAUGACAUUUCGCUUCAUAUUUUGCAUUCGCAGCAAAAACAUUUUUGUCAAAAACGAUUUAGCUGUUUAAAUAUGUGAAUUAUGAAAAAAGCCUGAAGUUCAUAGUUAGCACUUAUAUCAAAUGUUUGUUGCUUGUGAAAUCAUGUUAAAUAAUUAUAAAAGAAAUACAUAGGACAGCAUAUUUUUUAACCAGUCUUUUAUUUUGAGAGUUGACAUUUAUUUACACAAAAUACAACUUUUUAUUUUUCAGAAAGUUUCUCAGCUUGUUGUGUUGUAAAGUACAUUGAGGCUGUGACUGUAUCAAAUACAAAUAUUUUUAAUUCCACAUCCUGUCUCUGUGUUUGUUGUAAUGAAAAGGGAUUUCUACACAUUAAAUACGGCAGCAGGACACAUUUAACAAGUAGUGUACAAUUUCAAAAACCUACAUGAGGAUGUGGCAAAAAGAGGAGGACUGAAAGGAAAUAACGCUAUAAAAACACAUUUUGAAUGCAUGCUAAAAAAACAUACUGACAUAUCAUGUCUUCCUUUUGUGCCAUUCAUUGAAACAUAAACGCUAGUCAUCAAGUAUAAAAAUGUAGACGAUCGCCUCGACUUCAAACCCCUGAUUUUUUUUUAAAGUCUCAGACAUAAUAUUUAAUUAAUAAUAAAUAAGACCCAAAUAUACAGAAUAAUAAUAAAAAAAGACAUGUACAAAACAGCCUUCACAACACCAUAUUCUAUCUUUGUAAUUCUGGAAAACUCUUCAAAAUAUGUUCUCAAAUUAGACAAAAACUAUUUAAAUGACCAAAAAUAGUACAACUUCUCUUUGGAAAACAUGUAAAAGAACAAUGACUAUUUUUACAUGCUAGAACUCAAGGCACUGAAUAAUAAUCCAAGUAUUAUAAACUAUAUUGAAGUCAAAUAACUCAACCUUAAUGGUGGUACUGCAGCUACUAAUGCAUUGCAAAACAAUAUUAACAUUUCAUUAGGGGCUUUGGGGGAGGGGUCUCACUCAGUGUGUGAUUGUCUCAAAACUACUACUUGUUGCUAAUUUGUGUAUGUGUGCGUGUACAACAGGGGCAAAGACGUAAGCUGCAAGCCUCCAGACGGCUGCAGUUGUCUCAAAGGGAGAUCAUCUCUCAAGUCAGGGUGUUAGGAGCUAAAUAACUCCACGGCAAAUUAUUAUGGCUGAGUCAAAUGAUAUGAUGAAAAUGUUGUGGUGUUUUAUAGUUAUUGAUAACAAGUACAAAAAAAAAUAAAAAAUAAACGUACUAAAAGUGAAAAAAGACAUACUUUUACCACCCUGCACCUGCCAGCACAAUAAGCUAUUUCCUCAAACAGGGUUACUUAUUUACUCAACUGUAGAGAGUAUUACACAUUUAAAGGGGCUGUUUGCAACAUUUACACAGAUGCCCAGAGGGCGCCAACUUUACAAUGUUUUUUUUGCACAUUAUAUCUCGCCCUUUUACGGCUUCUCAUACGUAACACAUACACGCGCGUUAGCUUUAGGUGUUGUUAGCUAAUAAUAGCAAUUUGGAUAAUUAGCACUAGCUGCCAUUGACUGUAUAUUCUAUAACAACAACAUAACUACAAAUUGUUCGUUCCUUCUCAUGGACUGCUUUUGUAUGUGUGCACGCAUACGUGUUGACGAGACAAGGUGAGAGACCGUGUGAACACCAAUCAUUUUGUUCGGGCCACUAAAACAUUUUAUGACAUACUUUGCCAUUGUGAAAAACGUAAACAAUUGCCAAUGAAAUGUGUUCUCUUAAACCACUAAUGGUAACACAAGAUAGCCGGUGGUUUUCUUGUCAUAUUGUUUGCUGUGAAAAAUGUAACUGUGAGGAAGUUGCAAACAGCACCAUGCAGAUUUUGCUUCGUACAAAAUAGUUAAUUUAUUGUAUUUUCAGAACAUUUUGACUUGAAAAAAACAGCAACAAGACAUGUAUGCCACUGAAGUGUCCAAGGUUGUAUUAUACUCUGUGUUAUCAAUAGCUUUCGCCUGUUUCGUUUCUAGCAUGUUACUAUAAUUUCCUUGACUCUGUGGUUUAUUUUCAGUCAUUCGGGUAGUUUCUAUUGUGGAAGGCGGCAGCUGUCAUGAAUUGAUUGUAAUUUAUUGUAUCGCGCUCCUAUAAAGGAACUGGACACUGACAUUUUAAAAUGUAACAUGUACAAUCCACUAACACAACAAAAAUCAUGGCCAAAAUUACAGCAAAUAUUUACUGAAAGGACAAAAAAAAUUAUACUUUGGGUCUUUUGGUCUCUUAGAAACGAGUGAAUACAGACCAGGGAAAGACUUUGAAACCCCCUGUUUUAAAACCCACAAAAAGAGUAUUUAAAAUGGUAUCGUUACUAAAAGCCCCUCUGUUGCUCUGAUACGAGAUCCUGCAGAAUUGCGGCCACACUGUAUAAACAUGACCAAAUAAGAGUAUUGUUCUAAACAAAACUAUGCAGAAAGACGUGGUCAUAGAGUAAAAAGUACCUACUCUUUCAAGAAGGCCUCUAUUAAAAUGAGGCUUUUUUGUUUCCAUUAUUUGAGGCAUUAUUGGAGUAGAGGCGUCUAUUUGAGGAAAUGCCAUCAACUCCUGCAGGGGGCAAACGUGUACAGUGAGGUGCAGUUCUCACAAGUUGCCACUGGGGACAAGUUGAAUGAAAACAAUAUCCACCAUCAAAUACUAUAAUAUGACGCAUAUUAAGCACCAGCAGCUUGAGGCUUUUCCUUUACCUGUUCUGCUACAUGACUUGCUGUACAUCAUAUUACUGGAAAUAUUGUUGCAUGAUUUGGUGGUUAAUUUGGGCAUCUCUAUGGCAACAACAUUCCAAAUUCAAUACUUUGUUUGUCGUGAUCCGCAUGAGUCUUUGGUUGUAAUAGUUUGCACACAUCAACUUAUCUACGAAAUAUGUCUAUGUUUCAGUUUGUCACCAAAGCAUUAAAAAGGCUACAGACUUGUUUCCAGCAGCUGUUUGAAAUUUGCGCACACACGCACAUGCUAUGUACAGGAUGUUGUAAUAAGCCUAAAUGAACGCUUUAGGUUCUGCUCAUGUUUACAUCCGGGAG